CCCUGGUCCCCCUUUGAAUGCAGCCCUGGGCCUUCGAGAAGAUUCAUCUCCCGCUUCUCUAUUCCGAGGAUGGGUAGAUCGUGGAAUCAGGGACGACCCAGCGAUGAACCCGACCCGGGAGCCCCACGAUCAGCCAUGGAAAACCAUCUCAAGGGUCUUCCAACUUGCAAGGAGAAAAAUCGGCAGAGAAGGUAUACUUCACUGAGUGACUUGGCCUGGAAACAGGAUUGUAGCGGGUUGUGAACAUCUGGAAUGCGGGGGUAGUGACCUUGUUUGAAGAAUGUGAGAGCCCGGGGCCGGCCUAGAGCGAGCCGAGGACGGCGACAGAUUGACAGGAAACGUCGACGAUGAUCUACGAUCUGAAAGAUGCGAUCUGCCGGGCCCGUCUCAGGGCUGAAUAAUGGGAUUCAGGACCCAGGGGUAAGUCUCAGGUCCACCACCACGAUUGGUCGCCGCUUGGCUGGGCUGCUGCCUUUACAUGCCGAACUAUGGACGAGAACGAAUGCUAGCCAUGAAUUGGUACCAGGCCCUUAUCACUCUCUUGCUAGAAUUCAAGCCUACCAGAGCAGCAAUUCUUAUGACCCACUCCUUCCAAGAAAAGUAUGUUCCUGAAUGGAAUUGUGCAGUGGGAGACAAUGAAGGGGAGAGUACUUGAAUGCCGGACUCCCUAGAGGGGUCCGCAUGCUGCCACAGGUGAGCGGCGACAUUAUUGUAUAGCACAUACCCCUUCAUCUCUUUCUACCUUUAUCCUUGUAGAUCAUGAGGUGCUUUGGGGAAUCAUGUCUCCUAUGGACCUGGGGAUGCGCUCUUCUUCAGGUUGUCGUGUCUGCUUCUUUUGCUCCUCUCCUGCCGCCGGCUUAUCCACUUGCUGUUCGCAGUCCCUAUCUGUCUU